AUGGCGACGGCGAAGACAGAUAUGGCCAGCACACACAUGCAGAGUACAAGCCACGCCCUGGCAAUACCUCUCCUCACCGCCGUAAGAAAUGAUGAAGAAGAUAUUUCCGAGGAGGAUCUCUACAGAUACACGAGGCAUCGCUGGGUAUACAAUGAAUCACGCCGUCUAUCAGAGAGGUACCUCAAAUUUGACCUUCAACAACUCUUAAAAGCUGCAGUCGCAGCGAUCUCUAGCCAGGGUGCCCGGUAUUGCACUAAAGUCCUCAAGUGUAAAGAGGGCUUAAAUAAUAAAGCCUAUCUGCUCACUAUGGAUAACGGUGCGGAAGUCUUUGCAAAGCUCCCAAAUCCGUGUGCAGGGCCUUUGUUUUAUACAACGGCGUCAGAAGUUGCCACUCGCGAAUUCCUGCGCGACGUGUUGAAUAUUCCCACUUCUCGCAUAAUCGCCUGGUCUGCCGAUCGAAAUAAUCCAGUCAGAGCAGAAUACAUUCUCGAGGAGAAGGCCCCAGGCAAACCACUCGGGAGACUCUGGCAAGACUGGGAUAAAUGGCAAAUGAAGGACAGAAUCACUAUGAUAGAUGUGAACUCCGGCUGUAUCUAUUUCAGGGAAGAUAUUCCAGAUUGUGACGCCCUAGUGACCAAUCCGCCACUAUGCUCAUUAAUACUCGAGCGUUUCACGUUGGGACCACUUGUUGAGAAGGAAUUGUGGCGCGGUGAAAAGUUCAGCAUGGGUAUAAAUCGAGGACCAUAUGAGGGGCCGCAGGGGUUUGUUGGGGCGGUGGCCGAGAGCGAGAAGAGAUUCGUUAAAGCCUAUGCCCGUCCGCGUACGAAUUACGCUCGCUCUCUUACGGAACCCGAAUCGCCCGACGAAAUGCUCGACCUCUUGGAUCUGUAUCUUCGACUGGCUCCGGUCAUGGUGCCUCCUCAAUCUUUUGACGAUACGCACUCGCCAACACUGUGGCAUCCGGACUUCUAUCUUGACAAUGUAUUCGUUGACCCCGAAUUAAAGCAAAUUACCCGCGUAAUCGACUGGCAAUCAGCUGCAGUUCUACCGCUUUUUUACCAAUGUGGCGUCCCAACAAUGUUCAAGCAUCAAGGGCCGGCUGCCCUGCAACUACAAGACGACGUACGAACGCAACCAACACGCAUUGUUCAGAACGUAUGGAAAGAUUGUGAUGUAUUUUUCCUUCGGCGAGCGCUGAUCAGAAUUGUGAAAGGGUGGACAGAUCUUUGCCUGGACUCUGGUCCAUGUCCCGUAAGCUUCAACGAGCAAGAGAUGGCUCUAUUCGCGCACGAGGAAGAGAAUAGGGGCUACGUCAGCGAGAUAUUAACACUCUUUCGAAACAAUUGGAGAUUGUCUCCAGAUGGAUCGAUAGGAUCAGCUAGAUUUGACGAAAUACAGAAUGAACUAACGCGGAUGAGGAAUGCUUUCGUCGGGGCUGCUGACAACGAGGAGGACAGGCUACUCGCUCAGAAGCUAUGGCCGUACCAGGAUACUACGGACAUCUAG